CCUAUUUCCUCCUCCCCAUCCCACCCCGCCGUCUUCGUCCGCAUCCGGGUCAAAUCAAAUCGAGAGAGAGCCCCAUCUCGCCUCGCCUCCUCCUCCCUCCUCCCCAUUCCCCCGCCGCCGCCGCCGAGGGCGCCGCGACCUGAGAGCACACGCACGCCCGCCAUGUGGCGCCGCCUCCAAACCCUGGCCCCGGCCCUGCGCCGCGCCGCCUCCGCCUCCGCCUCCGCGGCGGCAUCGGGCGCCGCGGGCCCCGCCUCCCUCGCCCGCGCCGCGCCGCUCUCCACGGCGGCCGCCGCCGCCUUCCGCCGCACCAGCCCUCUCCUGUCCGGGGACAAGCCGGCGACGGUGGAGGACGUCAUGCCCAUCGCCACGGGGCUGGAGCGCGAGGAGCUCGCGGCGGAGCUCAAGGGGGAGAAGCGGUUCGACAUGGAUCCUCCCGUAGGCCCAUUUGGUACCAAGGAGGCCCCAGCUGUCAUUGAAUCCUACUAUAACAAGAGGAUAGUUGGUUGUCCUGGUGGUGAAGGAGAGGAUGAGCAUGAUGUUGUAUGGUUCUGGUUGAAAAAAGAUGAACCGCAUGAGUGCCCAGUCUGUUCACAAUAUUUUGUGCUUAAGGUCAUUGGUGAUGGUGGUGAUCCAGAUGGACAUGAUGAUGACGACGAGCAUCACCACUAAGGACGCCCAUGCCUCGUGGUUCUGAUAAUAAGAAUUUGAUGAGGCAGAUGAUUUCAUUUAAACCUUUUUAGCACCAGACUGCUCUACGGCGUCCUUGUUUAUGAAUGCACACAUUUGGCCAUCAAGCAGGUGGUAGUUUUUUCCUUAGGGAUUUUGUCCAAACAAAAAACUCAUCGAGGCUUGACCUGUGCAUUUCCUUCGGAGCAUCAUCGAAUAAAAGAUGACUGCAUCAGCUGCGUUUUUCUUGUGUAUCCUAAUGGCCAUCUGGUGUGAUGGACCUGUUCUAUUCAGAUCAUGCAACAGUUUAUUUUCAGUGCUCAGUGAGUCCCUGUUUGCAAGCAGCCACUAAAUCUUUAA